AAAGUUUAACUUCCUUUGUUCAUGAACAAUUUGUAUAUGUGCGUGGGUGUGUGUGUGCAUACAUAUAUGUGUGAGUGUAUCAUCAAAUUAAAUUAUCAUUACUCCUGUCAACAUCAGAGAUAUGCUAUGUGAGUGAUAUCAUUAUUUAAACUACUACAGCACUAAUAGUAUUAUUGUUAUUGCACGCAUUCACACGCACACACACAAACCUACAUAUAAAUGUAAAAACACUGUGACACACAGACAUGACAAAUAAAUAAACACUUAAUUUCCACACACAUACACACACACAUAGAAAAUGUCUACCCUUCCUCUCUCCCUCCUCUAUACACACACGCAAAUACAGACGCACCCAACCAACACAUUUUGUUCACAAUAUUCUCGAAAAUUUGAUAUAUAAUUAACAUAUUGUUAAUUGGAGAACAGUUUUAAAAAUAUAAAUAUAUAUAUCGAAGCAGUUGAUUUGCGGGUUUAAAAAAAUCUAUUUAUCAGUUGGCAUCAUAACAUCUCUCUCUAUAUAUAUAUCAAUAGAUAAACAAAUUAAAUAAGUACUGGAGAGAAGAACACGACAGUGAGGGAAGAAAAACGUGGAUCUAUAUACAUUUUGUGUAUUUCUCCUGAUUAUUAACCAAGAAAAGAAAGAAAUAUUCAUAAGGUGAUAUACAUAUAUCCCUUUGGAAUUAUGUAACAUGUUAGUUCAUUAAUAUAGUAUGGAAUCCAUUCGAUCUCAAUGGUAUACACAUAAUCAAUCUGAACUUCAUCAAUACCAUCGUCAACAUCCCGAUCAACUACAAAAACACAAACAUUUGACUAGUCAUCAUUCAUUAUAUACACCUGGAGAGGAUUCAUUUCAACAAGAAGGCGGUAAAACAUCUACGACGAUUCCAUCAUCGUUAGUAUUAGCAACAACAGAGACUAAAGCCAAAGCGUCUAUUGAUCCUAUUGAUAUAGUAACGACUACAAAUUCAAUUAAUACCUCACCAAUGAUUCAUCAAUUUAUGAAUAAUAUACCAAAUUUAAUACAUUCACUUAAUAAUUCAGAAAAACAAACAGUAUUCCCGUCAUCAUCAACAUUAUCGCCGACUACAACAACAACAAAUAAUAAUAAUUCGUCACUGUUAUCAACCUCACCAUUAUCCUCGUCAACAUCUCAGACGGCUAAUUUAAUGGCAUCAACAUCACCGACUACAUUGGCUGCUGCUGUCGCCGCAGCUGCUGCCUGGUAUCCGCUAAGUUUAGCUAUGGAUGAAAUGGCACAAAAUUUAGUCUCUUCAGAAUCCGAAUUUAUUGAUCGAAGCAUGUUUUCUUCCCUAUUCCCAACAAUUUCUCAAACAAUGAACAAUUCAAAUCGUAUAAUUUCAAAUCAAUUGAAUAAUUUAUUAUUACCUGGUGUAAUGAAUUCAGAGGAUUAUUCUACGAGCACCCUUGUGAAUAGUAAUCAUAAUAAUAAUACAAGUAAUAAUAAUCGUACUACCGUUACUGCUACGACUGUCAGUAGUAAUAAUGUGAUCAAUAGUGACAGUUAUAAUCAUAAUGGUGAUAAUACAUCAGAAGGACAUAGCAAUUUUAUGUCACUAUCAACAACAACAACGCCAACAGCAACACCAACAGCAACGACAACAAUAACACCAAAUCGUGAUCAGACCUUGUCAACGAUACAGUCAGAUCAUUGUCUACAGAGUAAGUUAAGCCCAUCCUCUGGACAAUUGUUAAAUGGUAUGGAUUCAUCCGGAUCACCACCAACAGCUCAUUCACCUAUGAAUGGUGAAAACAAGUGUAAGAAGGCAAGGCAUAGAACAACAUUCUCCGUCCAACAGCUGUCAAUAUUAGAAGCAGCCUUCGAUAACUGUCCAUAUCCUGAUGCUGUUACACGUGAAGAUAUCGCCUCAAAGUUAUCAUUGAGUGAAUCACGUGUACAAGUAUGGUUUCAGAAUCGUAGAGCUAAAUGGCGUAAACAAGAAGGUAGUCAAUUAUUAACAAAUGGUACAAAUUCUAGCAAUACAACAAUAACGACAACUAAUAAUAAUAAUAACAGUAGUAAUUGUAGUAUAAUUAACUCCACAGUCUCCACAUCUACACCAUCCACUUGUACAUCUACAUCAAAUAUAUUAACAGGUGAUAAUGACGAGGACGAUUAUCGUAUAAGUUCAAAUUUGCUAGAACCACCAUUUUUAACUGGUCGUAAAAGAAGUUCAAUCUCUAGCAUGAAUCAUUUCAAUCAUCAAAAAAGUAUUCAUAAUCAAAAUAAUAAUAAUAAUUUAAAACAAAAUAAUUCUUCAUAUGAAAAUAAUACAGAAUUAAUGGAUUCAUUAUCACCGUCACGUUUAAAUUUAUCAUUUAUUGUAAAUGAUUUAGCUAAUUAUCACCAAAAAAUGUCAAAUUUUCCAUUAUUUAAUGAAAAUUCAAACUCACUACAACCUGCCUCUUCGCACAAUGACCUUGACAAGUGUUCUAGUAAAACAACACUGUUGAAUUCAAGUCUAUUGAAUACCUCGCCUACAGAUUUAAUAAAUUCACAUUUAUUAGAUAAAUCAUUAAAGAAUAUAUCAAAUAGUUUCUAUUCCACUCCUAAUUCUAAGAUCAAUUCAUCUGUAUAUAAUAAUUUAUCAGGUAAAAAGUCAACACCCCCUAAUUGUAAACAACGUAGACAUAAUGAUGAAUUCAUUACACGUGAAAAGAGGAAUGAAUACACUCCAGAGCAUGAUCAAGAUCAUAGCAAUAAUGACCAUAAUCCUGAUAAUGAUUAUAUCGACUGUAAUGAUAUCAGUAUGAAUACAAGCAAUGAUUCUCUUAGUGAAGAUAGAGGGAUAAAAUCUAAAAAUUUACCAUUUUCUGUUUUAUCUCUAACAGCUAAUCAUGCAAAUAAUAAUGUAGCGCAUCAAAAUCAGAUGAAUACUUUCAAUAUUAGUGAACAGUUGAGUAAAUUACAAUCAAUACAAGCCUCUAUGAAAACGCUUAACAAUAAUAAUUAUGAAAAUCAAGGAUUCCCUUCUUUAUUAUCGUCAUCAACAUCAAUGAGUGAAAUGAAUACAAAUUAUAACAAUAAUCAUGAUGGAACAACACCUUCACUAUCGAAUAUAACUGAUUUUGCUGAAUUUAUGAAUUCCUUGUUGAAAGCUAAAAUCAAUCAUCUUAAAACUAAUCAAUCUUCAUUAUUAGAUUGUAAUGAAAUGAAAAUAUUGAAUGAUAUGUUCACUAAUGGAAGUAUGAAUAGAACUGAUGAUUGUAUUCAAAAGGAUGCUAAUAGUAGUAGUAGUAGUAGCCCGACUGCUUUGAAUAUUACAACAACAACAACAACUAGUACUACUACUGAAACUACAAUUACACCGAAAUCAGUUGCCAAUAAUACUACUGAUAUGAUUAAUAGUAGUAAUGGCAAUAACAAUAAUAAUAAUACUAAUAGCAAUGAUAACACAAUUAAUAAUACAAUUUUAGAGAAUUUAAUCGCCUGUGCACAACUCCCUCUAAAUUUACACUUAAAUGGAACAAAUUCGAAUUUGAAUAAUCAUAGAUUAGAUUUUAAAAUGGAUUUAUCUACAGAAAAACAAAUGAAUUUGAAUCGUUCCCACGAGGAUCAAUCGAACAGUCAAUAUCCUGAUAUACAGAAAACACCUUUCAAUGAAAUACCCUUAUCAUCAACAUCAUCUCAUUUAAAAAGUAACACUAUUCUCUGGGAGUAUCUUUUAAGUCGAUUACAGACAAAUUCACAAGAAUUUAAUAAUUUUCUUUUGCCUAAAUUAUCAACUCCUGCAACUUCAACAGUUUCUUCAUCAACAACACAGAAUUCUGUCAAUGCUACUCACAAUCUCUUAGCCAAUGAUCUACUGAAUUCAGCCAAUUUAUUAAAUUUAUCCAAUUAUCAAUGUUCCAGCCCGAAUACAGAUAUGAAGAAUAUUCUAUUGAACUAUGCUCAUUUGAAAGGAAAUGAGUCCACUUUAAAAUUGCCUAUCAAUGGAACAACUAAUAUGCAUGUUACUACUAACAAUCAUGGUAGUAGUAGUGAUAAUACUACUACUAAUAAUAGUAGUAUAUUAACUGAUACUCUGGAUACAAACAGAAAUGAUUUAACUGUGAACGGUAGUAAUACCCCAAAUAUGAAUAAUCCUUUUGAUCAAGUCAAUAAAUUAUCCCAAUCAGAAUUUGUAUACAAUUAUUUAAAAAAGUUUCAAACAUUUAGCAAUGAUGCUAAUGGGUUAGUAAAUAAUGAUGAACUACACGGGAACAGUAAUAAUAAUGACAAUAAUAAUAUUAAUAGCAGUAGUGAUAGCGGUAUCCCACAACAAAUGAUGCAGUAUUACGCCUUGUGUGCAUUUGUCCAAGCUGCUAGUCUUCUUUCCUCCACCUCAUCCUCCUCAUCGUCAUCGUCAUCCGCAUCCACAUGCACAUCAACAUCCACGUCAUUUCCAACAUCGACAUAAUACCUCAGUGUUGAAAGAAGACUUUACAGACGCCUAUACCUACGCGUACCCAAAUGAAGCCACACAUACAGAUACACACACCUACUUACAUCCAAAACUGUCAUCCCUGUGAAUAUUACACUAUUUUUUUUUUUCUUCUUUUCUGUCAGUUGUCUAGGAAGCAUUUCAGAUGGAAACAAACAAACAAACAAACAGGCAAAGAAACAAACGAACAAAAAGCCACAUUCCAAGAUGAUGAUUACUUACCUCAAUUAUCAAUCAGUUACCGAGAUAAUAAUUUAUCAACUUCUCUGUCUUUUUAUUUUAUUGUUGCUGUUAUUGUUGUUUCCAGUGGACAUUUGAAAUGUCCGAGAAGGCAAAGCACAGUGAUCCCUGAUCAACCUGUUAAGCUAAGAAACUAACUAAUCAGUUAAAAGUUUUUGAAGGUAUUCAUAAUUAUCUAUACAUAUAUACAUACAAACUUGAUAGUCUUGAUAAUUGUCCCAAGCGAUGACAAUUAUCUUGACUACAUUUUCUUUUGUAUAUUGCUACUACUUCUACUUCUGUUUUUUUUAUCUUUUGGUUGUUUUUGUCCCCCCCCACUUCGUUUUCAUUUUUACUCUUAUUUUUACUGGUCUGGUAGUGCUUUUAUUACUACUACAACUAUUAUUAUUAUUAUUACUACUAUUUGGCUAUUUACGCUUCUUAUGUGUACUUAUGGUACUCUGAUAAUUAAUGAACAGCUGGUUAACGAACUAACCAACUAACUAACUAAUUCACUGACUGAUAAUGGGCUUUCUAAAAUCGAAAAGGCAAAUGACACAGCGCACAACACAGGCAUAUAUUAUUACAAAAGCAGACACUGGACGAGAGUAAGGAACUUCAUGGCUAUAAGUCUACAAAGUAGGCAUGUGUAGGUGGUCACCACUGUGUGCAUGUGUGCCUGAGUGUGCAAUACAGAGAGAGAGAGAGAUGGGUCUUCAAUUCGAAUGUAUUCAAUUUUAGACUUGUUAUUCUUGUGUUUUUUUUCGUUCGCAGUUUAUUGAUCUGUCUCUCUAUCUGACUGCCUCCCUACUCCCCAAUCUUACUUCCCUACAAUUCCUCCUACCUCUACACUUUUCUCUUUUGAUUUUAUUUAUUUAUUUGUUUGUGCUUUUCGUUUUUGUUUUAUUUUCUUUUGUUUUUCUACAUAUAUAAAAAUAAAUAAAAAUGACUACUAAUAUUAC